AUGGACGGAGAUGCGGAGGAGCUGCGCGCGGAGUUCACCGACGCGGCGACCGGGAGGCUGAGAUUCUCCGUGACCUUAACGGACAGCUGCCUGUCGGUGCGAAAGAUCGGCGGGUCGCCCGUGUGGCAGCAGCACGGACAGGAGCACGCGCUCGAGCUCGGCCUCGGUGACUGUGUGGGAUGCCGCGCGCGCCGGAGUGAGGACGAGGCGGACACGGCGGCGUAUCUGUCCGUUUAUUUCUACCCGCCGCGGCGCAGCUGGACCGGAGCUCCCGCCGGCCGACAAAGGGUGGAGCACCGAUUCCGGGUCCUCACCGGGGAGGACGCGCGAGCGAACCUGGGCGAGGCGGAGAGGUGGGCGCGCGCUGUCACGCACCGCAAAUCCCAGCACGCGCGCGCUCGCAGAGACGGUGUUGGGUUCAGUCGAGUGUGUAUCAGCCGGAGUAUGAUGGUCUUGGUGAAUCCUCAGAGUGGACGAGGCCAGGCGAUGUCUCUCUACACUGGCCCUGUACUGAGCAUGUUCACUGAGGCAAACAUCUCUCACACACUCAUCACUACAGAGCAUCAGAACCAUGCCCGUGAGUUGGUAAGAAAUGCUGAUCUGUCACAGUGGAGCGCCAUCAUCAUCUUGUCAGGGGACGGACUUCUGCAUGAGGUGAUCAAUGGUUUGAUGGAGAGGGAGGACUGGAAUGAAGCGAUCCGCACUCCACUUGGCAUUCUUCCUGGAGGAUCUGGCAAUGCACUGGCAGCAUCAGUGCACCAUUACACACAAGCUGGCCCUGCAUUGGGUGAGGACUUGCUGCUAAGCUGUUGUUUCCUGCUCUAUAAAGGUCUAGUGUGUCCCCUGGACAUCGUCUCUGUGCAUCUCUCCUCUGGGCCGCGUCUCUUCUCCUUCUUGUCUCUCGCCUGGGGCUUUGUGGCUGAUGUGGACAUUGAGAGUGAAAAGUUUCGCCAUGUCGGUGCCAUGCGCUUCCUUGUGGGCACACUUCUACGCCUGGCAUCUUUACGCACCUACCAGGGCAGGUUAGCAUUCCUGCCUGCUAGAGAGGACUCCAACUCAGCAUCGAUUUCCUCUUCUCCUGCUUCACAUCCUUGUUCCAUUUUUUGUUCCUCUGUUCAGUGUAUAUCGCAAGUGCAGCGACAGAACAGCAAUCAGCAUGAAUGCACAAGUGAAAAUACAUGCAAUAACUCUAAUGGUGAUGAUUUUUUACUCUCUGAAAAUGACUCAAGGGAUGACAGAUUACCUGACAACCUCUUGAGCCCUUUUGGAGAUCCGGUGCCAACAGAUUGGACCAUAGAAAAAGAACAAGACUUUGUUCUGGUUCUUGCAACCUGCCACUCUCACCUGGCAGAGGAGCUGAUGGUGUCACCGGAUGCUCAGCCUGAUGAUGGGCACCUUCACCUGCUCUAUAUAACAGCAGGAAUAUCACGACCAGCCUUGCUUCGACUCUUUCUGGCCAUGGAGAAAGGGAUGCACCUGACAUGCGAGUGCCAGCAUCUAAGGUACCGGCGUGUCCGAGCACUGAGGCUUGAACCAGUCACAAAGCCUGGAGUCAUUACCGUGGAUGGGGAGCAGGUGGAGUAUGGGCCAAUUCAAGCUCAAGUGCACAAGGGUUACGGCAGGAUAAUAUGUGGAUGACCUCCGCCUAAAACAUGGAUCAGCUAAGGAGGCCAUUCUAACUGAUGGUGGAAAAUAGAAUUAACCUUAAGUUGAUC